CUAAAACAUAACACAGUGCAAACAAAACCAAACCAACCACCCACAGAUAACAGUACAUUACAAUGCAAGCGUCGUCAGGCAGGCCGGGUCAAUAUCAAUAGGGCAGGUAGGUACAGGGGGAGCAAGCGGAGAUUGGUCGGGGUCACAGGCCAGGUUCAGCAGGUAGCAAGCAGCGUGGUACAGAGGGUCAGGCAGAGGGGAUGGUCAGGAGCGAGCCGGGAUCAGAGCAGGAGAAGUCAGCAGCGGUUCAGAAACAGGAUGCAGGACAGAAAACAGGAUACAGGGCCCAGGACAAACACAACACCAAGGCAGAGUCUGUGGGUCUGGCCA